AUAUAAACUUAAUUGUCCUACCGAACAACAUCCACGAAAAAAAAAAAAACUAUAUAAUCAACUAAAAGUGGAAGACGAUUAAGUUCUUAACUCACUCAAUCAUCACUCAAAUUGAUUUAAGUACUAUGAUGAGUUGUAUCUUCUCCAUCAGAGGUCAACAAUAGAGUGCUGGCGCUCAGUUCCCAAAACCCAAACUCGCAUCCAUCCAUCCAUUUAUCAUUCAACAGAUACAUUCCUCCGCCCUUCCAUAUCAUAAAAAAAGAAGAAAAAAAAAACAACAACAACCAAACCAAGUCAAGUGCGGGUUUGGUCAACAGAAAAUUCGCAAAUAUACGCGUGCGCAACCUUUCAGAGGCUCUCAAAGAGCUCAAGAGUAAGUCGAGAAUUCAUAUAAAAACCAUCGCACGGUACAAAGAACUUGUACAAUACCAUCGGCAACCUCAACCGGCAAUAACGUGUUCAAAAUUGUUUUUUUUUAUAUUUUUAUAAGAAUGGAUAAAAGGAUUUGUAUUAUUUUACUCUGCGUGAUGCAAAUGGCACUAAGUGUUACGGCACGUUCAAUCUCAAAGCAUUCAACAUUGCCGACGACGAAACCCACAAUUAACCCUUAUAGACCCGCUGCAAUCCAUCAGACAGAUCCUGAUCGACAAGAUUACCGCAAUCAACCGAGGAUAAUUGAGCAAUUCAAUCAUAGGAAUCCUGACGGCAGUUACGAGUUCAGAUAUGAGCUGAGUGAUGGCAACACACGCUACGAACGUGGAUACUUUUUGAAUCGCAAUAACACUCCGAGCUUAGUUGUUACCGGUUACUAUGCCUAUCGUUUGGAUGAUGGAAGAUACACGACUGUUUUUUAUAAUGCCGAUCACAAUGGUUACCGACAACAGGCUUCUACAACCUCACAAGGAUGGCCAGACCUCCCAAGGACGAUUGAUGUUCAAGACCAAGAACUUGUGCAAAAUGUUGUGAGUUCUCAGCCAAUUUUGAGGAAGAAAGAAGAUCAAAAAUAUAACAGACAGAAAUAUUAAAAGUGCUGGAGGAUGAAUGUGAAAUAUGAAAAAAUAAUUUUAAGUGCGAAAGAAUUGUGCCAAAUUUAUAUGAGUGUAAAUUAUUGUUUAAAAUAAUAAAAUAUACUCGUGAGAUAGAGUGAGUUAGAAA